ACAAACAAGUAAGCAUGCUUGACAAUAAAGCGCCGGGAUCGAAGCUGGGUCCUCCGUCGAGAGCUUCGUCGUUUUACAUAGAGAAUUUGCUGAGGACUGUACACAGGAGGGCUUCAUCCGAGGAGCGGGUGGACACCCCGAGCUUCGAAGUUACCGACCGCAGCCCGGUGAUCUGUCCGGGACUGGAAACAAAACGUCGGGAGGACAGUGAAGAGCUGGACUGGAGCGGGACAUCUCCAAACACAGCGUACGGCACCUCAAGAAGUCCACCGUACAAGAAAGAACACAGAGACGUUGUGCCAACCAUUGACCGGGAUUCCCCAACGCUAACAGCGCGGGAGGAGAGCGAUGAGCCGGAGGAGAAGGGGGAUGAUAGUUUGACGGAUGACAGAGAGGAGGACGAUGCACCCUCGUCCUGCUUCUCGAAAGAAGACAGCUGUGAUACAGGUGACAUGAAAGUGGCGCGAAAGAAGAAGACCCGCACCGUGUUCAGCCGGAGUCAGGUGUUCCAGCUGGAGUCCACUUUCGACCUGAAGCGUUACCUGAGCAGCUCGGAACGAGCCGGGCUAGCCGCCUCGCUGCAGCUCACCGAGACCCAGGUGAAGAUCUGGUUUCAAAACCGCAGGAACAAGUGGAAGAGGCAGAUCGCUGCAGACAUGGAGGCGAGCAGCGCCACACUCCCCUAUGCCACCCAGAGGGUCGUCAGAGUUCCCGUGUUGUAUCGCGAGAACAUGACGGGAUCACAUGUGACCUGUCUGCCUCAAGUGACGCCACAGGUGGUGGGCUUCUCUAAUUCUAUCAACUAUCCAUUGACUUCCCACUUCACCCAUCCGGUAUCGUUCAUGACGCCACAGAUGACCGGGAUGGUGUGACCGAGCAUACUUGUGACUCUU